AUAAGCGGCAGGGAGGACGGGCCUAUUGAUAUUUUCACGAACUUUUCACAUUGCAGCAGCAAUUCAAUGAGAAAAUCGUUUUGUAAAUGCCUGAUAUGCUCUUGAAAAGCGACUUAUUGUGUAGUGACUAAGGACAAUCGAAAGGGUGAGCUGCUCCAAAAGCAUCGAGUGACUGGAAACUCAGUGUGCGCAGUUAAAUUCAACGCAAGCCGGUGCCGACAUUUUCUCGCCUAAUUAAAUCGUGUGCGGAUUUUGCCGCAUCGCGUUUUAAAAAACCUGCGCCCUUUAAGGCACCUUGGUCUUUAAAUGCUGUGAGGCGGAGAGGUCCUCGCUGCAAAGAUGAACAUCGACUACAUCGGCCAUGCCCUGGGCUACCACGGCCAGCCGCUCCAGAAGAUCUGGGACGAUGAGCGUGGCGUGGACGACCUGCGUGUGAUGGGUCUCACCCAGGUGAACUAUGGGGUGUACCAGGAGCGCCAGAAGUACUUCACCUUCCAGGAGCGGGCCAAGCGAUUGAAGAUGCACCAGUUUCUGGCCAGGAAGGCCACCGAUUUGUAUGAUCGCACCCUGGUGGCCAAUGUCAUGGAGGACUCCGUGCUGGCACAAGGCAACACAUACAUGGCCCAGAUGCCGCCCUUCGAGUUCUUCCUCAACGUGAAGGACAAGCGCAAGGGAUGGGCGCACCGCCUGUCUGCCCUGAAACAAGGCGACAUCAUCUACACGCAGGUGACGAGGCUGGCCAACGGCAACCGACUCAUCGUGAAGCCACUCUGCACUGCCGAGCCCAAGCGCGCCUACUUGGCUGACAUUCCCAUUAAGGCCGUGAUCCUGCAGGACUACUGGGGUCCCCUGCCCCUGGACAAGCAGGGCAGUCCGCGCAGCUUCGCCCAGAAUGACAUCUUGCGCUGUGAGAUCAACAACAUUUCUGCGGAUACCGAGCGUCUCACUCUGAACAUGAUCGGCAUGUUUAACAAGGCGCCGGAUUUAAAGUUUGGUCUCUGCGACCUCAACGAGUUGCCCAAGUAUUACCGUACAAUCCACAACGUGGAGCAUCCAUCUGCGUCUCACUACGAGGAUGAGCUGAACAAAGCCUUGGAGUUUGACAAUCCAAACUACGACUUGCUGUUCCAAUUGAACGGCUUGCAGCCGAACGAGAAUCUGUCACUGAUGGCACAUCUAAGGGCGGGAUUCCCGGAGGCGGAAAAUGCCGCAGAGCUGCGACAGAAGCAGGCCUCCCAGUGGGCCUUCCGCUCCGUGGCUGAUGGCAUCGAACACUUUAAGAACGGCCAACAGGUCGAAGCCUUUCAGUGCCUGAACAAGGCAUUAAACAUUGAUCCGCGCAAUGUUGAGGGGCUGGUGGCACGCGGUGCCCUCUACGCGAAUCGCGGCAGCUUUCUUAAAGGGCUGCAGGACUUUGAGAAGGCACUGCACCUGAACAAGUAUCACGUGAACGCGCGCAAGUACAUGGGCGAAACGCUGGUGGCUUUGGGUCGUAGCUACGAAGAGGAGAAUCGCAUACCCGAGGCAGUGAAGGCCUAUAGCGACUGCCUGAAUCUGCUGCCACAGCACGAAGAGGCGCGCCAGUCCUUGGACGCACUGCAGCGAAGUGGAGACGGUAAGCAUAGAAUAAGCACUGAGCCGAUCAACUUGACCGGUGGCCCCUCCUCGGACGAGUCCACCUCAUCGAGUGCCAGUGAUAGUGAAUGCGAGGAUUCGGCUGGAAAAGCCAAGUCGAACAUUAGUCAGCCAUUUUAUGCCCAAAAACACUCGGGAGAUGAAAAGUUGGCCGUCAUUGAUGCCCAAAAGGCGAAUGAGUUCCGUCUGGACGACGACGAGACCGUGUCGAGUGUGCGGAAGCUGCUGCGCGAGGCAAGCAAGCACAAAAAGGCCAAGAAGAAGGGAAAGAAAAAAAAGGACAAGAAGGAACGGCGGAGGUCUCGGACCAAGUCCGAUACGGAGGAUCCCAUGGAAUUGCUUAAGAAGAUGGACUUCCAGGAGGCCUUCAGGCUCAUGAACAGCACCAGCAGCGAGGCGGAACUCAAGGCCAAGAUCAAGAGCUAUCUAAAGGAAGGAGGAGCAGGAGCAGGAGGAGGAGGAGAGUCACCGCCUCCACCGCCGCCAAUGAAAAAAGCAGUAGUUCCAUCGAAAAAAUCUAGCUUUGACACCAUGGGACCCAGCACAUCGCGUCAUGCGGCCUCCGUUAUUGGCUUUGGCGGCGGCCAGCCACCUCCAGCGCCCAAGUUUCUGGAGCAAAAGAAACCGCCGGAGCCGUCGCCCAAGCUCUCCUUUCAGAUCAAGCGACCGCUGCAGAUGGACAAGCUGGGAAUGCUGCGUCUGGCAACGCCAGCGGAACCACUGAAGGGAGGACGAAGCAGCAGCUCCCGCAGCCGGAGUAGAAGCCGUUCGCGAAGUCGGUCACGUCAUCGCUCGCGACGUCGUGGAAGGAGCUCGCGCUCGCGGCACAGGAGCCGGCGAUCUGACUCGAGGUCCAGAUCAAGAAGCCGAUCACGGUCGCGUCGGCGACGCAGCUACUCCCGUUCGCGCAGCCCCACGCCACGCUGUUACGGAAAUCGCUUUGUGGUUGGACGUUAUCGUAAUCGCCGAUCUCGCCGUUCGCGCUCCUUUCAUCGUCGCAGGACGCCAUCGCCCUUCGUGCCAAGGCGCUCGCCCUCGCCCCUUUCCAAACGUCGAACUCCCUCACCGUUUGUGCCCCGUCGCACACCAUCGCCGGCAUCACGCUAUCGACGCAGCCGAUCCCGCAGCCGUUCUCGCUCACGCAGUCCCCGUCGCUAUCAGUCUCGCUACCCACCGAGGGGUAUGGGCCAUGAUCGCGGCACCGGGAAUCGCAACAAGUACUCCUGGUACAAUCACGAUACACGCAACGUAUCCCGCGCCGUGGAGCCAAAUGGCAGGGAUGAGAAGGCACCUACUCCGCCUAAGAAGGUUAGUGCUGAUGAAGGAGGAGAUGCCGGCAAAGCAGCGGUCAAUGCCGAGCCCACGGUGGAGCAGGUGGACAAGAUGAUCAAAGAGGCGCAGACAGAGCGGAAACAGGGCCUCGUUGAGGCAACCAAGGAACUCAAUGAGUAGACCCCCCAACGCUUGCACGUAGUACGAGUCUUAAGUUUCCUUUUAGCUGUUAGCGUACAUUUGAUUUUGAUAUUCAAACUUGUAAAACGCUCCCUUUGGGAAUUGUUCUUUGGUCACUAAAUAAAGAAGCUUGCGAAGCGAAUUUAUUACAAA